CUGAUUAUUGUUCAAACAUGUGAACAGCCUGCACGACGAAACCACCAAUAAUACAUCACAAAUUUAUUAAGAAUUUUCUUUCUCUUAAUUUAAAAUUGAAGGACUAUUCACCGCUGAUCAGAAACUGAAGGGCCAGACAAGUAUUUACACUCGUCAAAAUGCGAAUGGUGGUCGUAGUGGUUAUGAAUGUCCCGAAGAACGUGAUUACUAUCCUUACUGGCAUCCUACAGAUUGGAUUGAUAUAGCGGUGUUUGCUUAUAAUGAAAGCAUGUGUCAAUAUUAUCGCAAAGAAAGUUUCAAUGCCAAAAAUAAAGGUUAGCCUCGUAUGCCUUAUCUUUGACCAUCCUUAUUCAACCUGACUUUGUGUUUGCUGCAUGGCAAGACCCGGUUUACACUUCCAAUUUUUCUUGCCACAUUUAUAGUGCGAUUUUCUUCUCAUCGCGUGCAUGUGAAGUAUUAUAUGAGAUAUGAAUGUUCUGAGUAUAUGUUUCCACUCGUUUACACCCAUCAGAAGAAGAAAAUCGCUUUGUAAACCGCGGCAAAAACUGCAAGUGUAAACAGGCUAAUAUGAUCGUGUCAUUAUUAGCAGAAUAUUUUAACGCUGAGAUUGAAGUUAAGUAGCUGGAAUUUCUUUCCUAUGAAAUUAUUUGAGUAAUAAUAUACAUAAAUAUAUUACUCGACUGUGAUUGAUUGAUUUCAGUACAGUUAAUCCCAAAUAGCAUGCGUGCAAUUUUCUGUAAUCACAGUGCAUUUUUUUGCAAUUAGAGUGCAAUUUUUUGUAAUCAGAGUGCAAUUUUCUGUAAUCACAGUGCAAAAAUCUGUAACAACAGUAUCUGAUUGAUGGAAAAACAAUGUGAUGAUAAAUUUCACCAAUUAGUUUAAAGCAGUUUAGUUUAAAGAAGCAACGUGCAACGGUCACAGAUUGCUUCAAAACAAAACAAACAUGGCGCCGCGCUACAUAUAUUAAAAGUUGACUUCGGUAUGGAAAAAUGGCUUUUAUCUUUUUUUUUAAAUGGAAAAGCCUUUACAUUAAACAAGACUAACAAAACUUAAAUAGUUGAGUGGAAUUUUCAAGCUGUUAGCGUUGUAUAAUGUGAUAUAUAACAAAGCCAGGAAAACUUUGCCAGUGGAAUGUUUGCUAGAUCGAAACGCGUAAGUUAAAACUACAAUUGUCUCGAACAUUUUUAUGUAAAUUAUUAAUAAGUAAUGGCAUGGUUUCGAGUGAAAUUUCGAUAAACAUGCACUCGUGAGUUUUUCAAAGACCUCAAAUAGCACUCGUCCUUCGCACUCGUGCUAUUUUGAGGUCUUUGAAAAACUCACUCGAAACCAUGCUAUUACCUAUACUUAGUAAACAGAAUUGGUUUUACAGUUGUUACUGUAGCUAUCGCCUUUUUUAUUUCGCUUACUGGGGUCGGAUUUCUGCAAUAUGAAGUUGUCCAAUUGUAACUUCGCCUCUGUCGUCUGGAUGUGUGAAGAAUCCUGAGCUCAUCCUGAAUCACUCAAUUUUCCAGGUUAGCGCUCCGGUUUCCAAUUGUGGUAAUAUUGGACUAUUCUAUUUGCUGGAUUACAAUUUAUAUAGAUCUUCUGGUAAAACAGUAAUUAACUGAGUGAAUUUGCCAAAUAAUGUAGCUAACAAGUUUACAUUUAACAAUGAAUUUUAUUUUUUAUCUCAUCACUGUGGUAUUAACAGCCAUUAUAAUAUCUAAGAUUUAUUACUAAUGCAGCUAUUAGGAUUCCAACAUCAACUAUGCGUCAUGAACUUUGAUAAUCUUUCGAAUUUAUCUAUUUCAAUUUAUUUUACUAUUCCUCGAGAAUAAUAUUUGGUGACAAUGACGUACUAUAUUAAAUAUUUUUUGUUAUUUCUAAUUUGACAUGAAGCUCUGAAUUAGCUUGACGCGAGAUUUAUAACCAUUCCACACACAUGCAUUUCUCAAAAUCCUUAUUUCUUUGUUCGCAGGGGAGUGUCUUCAAUACUACAAUUCGAAAGCUGACGGUUUUCGCCAUAACUCGGUUUAUAACAACAAAAUUGACUGCGAAAAAAAUCAAGGCUUCUGGAUUUCAUUCAGCAACUAUUUAGAAGAAUACCCCAAGUAUCAAACAAAACAAGAAUGUACGGCUGCAAGUUCUGACGAACUCCGUCUUACCUGGGCCAUUCCAUACCGUUCCGAAGAUAUUGACAACUUAAAAAUGACUGAUGAUAGUGUCGAAUCAUUAAAACGUUGUUUGGUCGCACUUGAUGCACCAGAAUGCACGAAAGCUCCAUAUACAAGAUCAAACCAUUUAGGAAAUGCCCGUGGUGUGGUUCCUCUACGUUACACUUGGACUCUUCCACAUUUCCCUUCUGGACAUGCACAAAGAUGCGUCCUUAGAUUAAGGUUAGUUUUAAAGUUACAAUAUUUAAUUUUUCCUGCUAUUAAUAAUUAAGUAUAUAAUUAGUAACGGGAAUUUCGGGAAAGAUCACUCGUAAAACUUCGUUCAACACAAGAUAAUCAUGCAUUUAGACCUGUUCAUUUUUAGAUAUUGUAAUUAAUCUUGCCCCUCGUUAUGAUUAUUUGUGUCAUUUUAUGACAUUGUAUGCUGUGCGGCUUUCUUUUGAUCAAAUUUGAUAAAGGUCAGGAGCUAGGUGGAACAAAUUUUCCAUUUCCGUGGUUACAAUAAUUCCAGAUCAUCAUGCGAUGUUAAAAAAAAACCUUUUUACUCCUUUUCUUCUUUGUUCAGGUACAACAUUUCCACUGGAGAUUAUCCACCAUUUAACACAUUUAGCGAUGAAAAUGAUAAUCCGUAAGUAUUCAUUUGUCGUACAAUCAUGAUAAUUGAUAACUAGGUAUGUGCACGUGCGGGUUGUCGAACUUGUUCAAAAGAAGAAAUUCCAAAAAGAAAAAUUAAAAAAGAAAAAUAUAUAUGACCUUGCAAGUUAAAGAACGGAAGAAAUUAAAUAAGUAUAUUUUAUAAUGAUAGAAGAGUCAAGCGUGUAUCUUGAGCCAACCAUUAGACUUUACAAACAAACGCAUAAUGGCAACCGCGUAUGCGAGAUUACUAUAAGAUAUAUAUAUAUAUUAUUUUGUUGAAAACCGCAGGAUUUCUUCCAGUUGGGGCCACUGUUAUUUGUAAUGUAUAGAUGGUGUAUCAAAAAAAGGUAAUCUAACUUCAGCGCGCUAUUGUGCGUACUCGGCGUAUGUAUUGUACUCGGCGUAUGAACACAUUUUUUUCAUAUUCGGAAAGAUCAGGCUUUUAGCUAUAGAAUGACAUGUUGUUCAUACCAAGUGGAGAAAAAAUAAGCAAGCUAGUACAGUACGAGUCCGAUAAAAAAUGUCAGUCAGAAUCGCAUAUUUUCACCUCUGGGCCUAAUUAAAGCAGUGCAUGUUUACAAAACAAAAAGCAAUUAAUCACGAACUUGUCAGAGCUUAUAGAUAAGACAUGUAUGUAGUUUAAUGAAGUGAAAUUCGCCAACUUAAGCCGUAAGGGGGUUAAUUUUCAAUGGUUUUAGACUCAACUCUCAGCGGUGAAAAUAUGCGAUUCUGGCCAACCUUUUUUAGGGAGCAUUCAUUUUUUAGCUGGGGGGGUGGGGUGGACGGGAGGAACUGAUGUCUAAUUCCAUGCUAAAACUUGGAACCCCCAAGAGAAAAGUUGAUAAAAAAUUAUGACCCCCUAUUUUUUUACUGAAAAUUUUUUUGACCCCUCAUCCUAACUAUUAAUAAUCCACACGGUGUCGUUUCCGUAGCGUUUCAGGGCCGUAGGAAGCUCUUUUUGAUUGAGGGGGCUGAAAGCGAGGGCCGAAGGCCCGAGGAAAUUUUUAAAUCUAGAGUCUCUGAAAUGCCAUUUCCUGGACUUUGGGGAAGAUUUGACAGAAUUCUGAUGGUCAGAAAACAGCGUUUUAGUAUGUCGAAAUUGACAAUUUGGUAGUGGGCGAAGGCGUAUUUAAUUAACUAUAUAUUGGAUAACUAGGAUAAGUUGCAGGAAACUGUGGGUAAUAUCUUCAUUCUUUGCAGUUUGUUAUGGAUAAUGUAGCCGCUUAAAAUUAAUAAAGCUUAAAAUUGAUAAAAGGUCAUGAUGAAAUGCAUGCAGACCUUGAAACCAUGCAUGAUUUUGAAAUCAUCCUACGGUCCUGCGUUUUCUUUCAUUCAUGUUUUCACACAAAAACUGAUAAAAACGAGGUCAAUGACAAACGUCAUGGAAAUGUUUUCCUAUGGACUGUGUGAACAGAGCGUCGAAUGAAUUUUGCUUCAUUGUUAAAGAUGACGAGAUAGUUGAUAGUUUCUAGAUCUUUUUACCAUUCUUCAUCCAAAUAUUUCCAAAUUCUAUAAAAUUAUAUUGGUGACUUUUUCACUGAUUAUUUUUAUGACCCCCUCCAUUCAUACCAAAACUAUAAAAAGACCCACCCCUUUGAAGCAUGUCAAAAUUUGCUGACCCACCCCCAAAUUCCUCCGGCCCACCCCCCCAUCUAAAAAUGAAUGCUCCCUUAUCGGAUUCGUAGUUGCUCAUUUGUCAUCAGAUGCAAUAGCUCGCUGAAGUUCUGAUUACCAUUUUUUAUACACCCUGUACCGUUUAAUUUUGAAAUUUAUUGACAAACUUUCAUUCACCUCACCCUACUCUCAGGUUGUCUUUCAAACCUGCGAAACCAAUAACUACCGAAAAAAGUUCUAUUCUCAAAGAAAUUAUUUAUUUAUAAGGACUAACGGUAUACAUUCUCCAGUCCAAAACAAUCCAAAAGUGAAAGUUAGUGCUGCUCAGCUGCCAUUACAACUUGCCAUCAACACCGCUCAAUUUGGACGUACUUUCCAAGAUCGAUCUCACUUAUUCAAGCUCCUGCCCAGACCUAAAGCUGUAUCAGAAUAUGACGUAAUCUACAAUAUCAACGUACGUGGAAAGCGCGGGAAUAUCGUGCAAGCUUUUCCAGCAGUGGAAUAUGACUUUAUUCCGAAACGAUUGAGUAUUACCAGCGCAAGUCUUGUGCAUAUCCAAUGGACUGGUGAGUUUUAGUUAGUUUAUAAAAUGUUUUGAAUUUUUUUGUGACUGUGUGCAUGGCCUUUUUCAAAUACGAUAUAAGAGGAUGACACCAAUUUGGCGUUCGCCCGUUUAUAUCAGGACGUAUAAUUUGCCAGAAAGUAGGCGACUUUUACUGGUACACGAAUAACAAACCUUGUACAUUUUGUAAAGUUUAAAACAGUUUUAUGUCAUAUUUUCAAAAUACUGCCAAGUGUAACUUCGGUCAUGAGUUUGAUCUCUUUCUGUUUUGGCAUCUUUGAUGAAAUGGUGUGCAGUUCGUUCAAAAAAUGCUUCAUUUUGAUUGGUUCAUCAGCAAUCUGAAAACAACAAUGUACGGUCCGAUAAGAUGGAAGCCACGGCUCGGUCCGUAUAGAAACGAAGAUACAUGUACUUGUUAAUAAGAACCACUAACAACAUCUAGCUCAGUCAGUAGCAUAGACAUCAUAUAUGACUACAUGUCAGAAAUUGUGUUAGAAAUGCAUUUAAAACUGCAUGGUGUACCUCGAUUAUAACACCAUUACAGUAACUUUACCAAACAGAUAUAUUUAUGCCAAAAUCACCAUCUCUUUCAUUCAAAGGAUCAAAUACCAAUCCUAGUGCUAAUGCCGGACAAGGAACUGCAGGUAUGCAUGUUUAAAUUAACUAUUUGAUACACUAUUUUUGCUAUUUUGUAUUAAAGUAACAAUAUACAUGUAUAUAAAUGUGAAUAAAAAAUAUUUGUAGCAAUAUUUGUUAGCGACUGAAAUGUUUCAUGUUUGAUCCACUAAUACCCCACAACCCCAAUCUUGAUCCAUUGGUCACUCGGUCCCAUCAGACGUUGCUCAUUCGUCUUCCUUUUCAGUCAAGCUCCCAGCACGUCCCUGAUUAGUAGCUUUUACGUCUGUUAUUCAAAUAAAAUAUUCUAAUGCGUAACGAUAGUUUAUUCUAAUCCUGGUUAUUAUUAUAGGAUGUAGACAGCCUCUGGAACAGUUGAGAGACAUACCUAAUUUUUCUUCGUAAUUUGUUUGUAGGUACAGAUCGUCACAACAUGGUGGAGAUGGCCGACCCAUCCGUGAACUAUCCUUUAACCUCAGAAAAGCCAUUAACAAUGUUCACUAACGCUGAAAUCGUUUGGACAAGUGAUGAAGAAACGAAGACUAAACAAGAUCUUAUUUUGAGUAUGGCCUCCUCUGGCUACUACAACAGCAUGACGCUCUGUAAGGCUUCUCCACAGAAAACAGCGCUUAACGACGAGUUAAACAAUGGUCCAGCAUCUUAUCGUGGCAUGCUAUUGAGGUUUGCACCAGGAGAAUAUUACUACAUGUGUACAAGAAACAACAACUUCAGUAAUCGUAACCAGAAAGGAAGACUCGUGGUCAGAAAUGUGACAGGGAGCAAGCUAAGCAAGAAGUAAGCACAUUGGGUAUGUAGUACUAUAAAGAAAUAUUAGCUUGUCUCUGUCUCACUGACGUGAAACUCCAGGACCAUAUUAUCUUGUAAUCAUAGGAAACUAGGUUGAUUUCGACAUUGGGAAUGAAAUUUAGGUUGAUAAGCGUACAUAGUACUGUAUAUUAUUGUGCAAGUGCACAACUUUCGCUUUCGUUUUAUUGAUAAGGUACUUCUCGUACAAUUGUUAGUACAAAAUUGAUUAAUUCCUUUAAUACAUGCAUAUUAAAGUCAUUUGUUUCAAAUUAUUUUUUCGAUAAUAAAUGGUUAAAUUAAACUGUCAUGAUUUUUUAGCAAUUACGAACCUUUCCUAUGACACGAAACUAAAAUCUCCGGAGACAAAAUAGGGAAAGACAGUUAAUUAAUAAAACUAAUAAUACUUCUUUCUGGUAAUACACCCGAAUCAGUCUAAUGACGUUGUCCUUUAAACUGGUAAUUUGUAUUGUUGAAUUUGUGUACGUACAAUUCGUUUGUAUAUCGUGGGGCUUUUGUCCAAAGAGUGCAUGGUCAUAGAGAAUGAGAAGAGACAAGCUGGAAUUUUUUUAAUAGUACAUCACACAACAUACCUUGCUUGAUAUAUUCGCAUGUGCUAGAUACGCAUGCUAGACUACUUAUUUUGACUUGAAUUAUGAAUGGGGAUUGAUUUUAGUGUACUGUAAUCUACAAAGACGAUACUAUAUAAAUAUAGAUCAUAAUAAUCAUGGGAAACUUUAAAUUAUUAAUAUUUGAUCACUGUUGCACCAAUGUCUUUUGUUUAAUUUUGGCGAACGUUUCAACCGAU